UCUGUUUGCGACAGACUAUAAGUGUGAAGUGACUGUGUGCAGGAUAGCGUCGUGGUAGAGCCCCCGCAGACCGGCUCUCUCCUCCGGGUGCAGAGCGAGGAGAACACAGGAACCUCAUCAGAUGUCACACCCCCACACUUUGACUUGUUUUCUUCUCCUUUGGUACAGUUUGUGCUGAAUGUGAAGGUAAAGACAAUCUAUUUUAAAACAAGGAAUCCUUUCAGUUUAACUUCAGACUUCAUAUUUCCACCCACAUUCAUACUGUGGACACACAUCAUGAUGUCAUCAAAACCAGCAUUUAGUCGUAAACUAACUUUUAUUUAGUUCGUAUAUUGUUUUUUCUCUGUGCACAUUUUUAAUUUGUUGUAAUAAAAUGUUGCAUUCAUUAACUGUAUACAUUUUCAUUUGAAUGCACACAGUGAAAGCCACAUUUUGUAUCAGAGCUGCAGUCUUUAAUUACAGUAAAGGAGUGACAUUUAGAAUAUCAGGUAUCUUGGAGCAAAACAAUGUGCCAUUCAUUGAAAAAAUAGCGGUCAUUGAUGGGAUAAAAUGACUGUUUUAGCUAAUCCAGCUAUUAGCUCUCUGUAGAUAUAAUGUAUAGUACAUUUUGUGUAGAGGUAUGUAAGUCCAGUAGCUAUUUACACCUCUUCUGUUUUCAAAGUGAAAUGUAGAUAUCAAGUAUGUAUAAACGUUCGCCCCAAUAUUCUGUAAUCAAAUGGAAAAAUCCAGUUGCUUUUUUUGUCGAGGGAGCCCUCAUAUCGAUACUGUACCACACCCUGAGGUUGCUGCUGGGUAAUGUAGUUUCUUUCCCUUCCUGAGAGGAGGGAGCCCCUCCAUUUCAGCCUUGGCUCCGUCUGUGUCAUUUGAGCUGGAAGCUGAUCUGCACCUGUAGAUUAUUAAUGGCCCCAGAACCUGAGAUGGGGGCCCAGAUGAAGACCGCAGAUAUUAAUAUUCAAAUCUUACAAACGUACGUGUGUGCGCUCUCAGGUGCAUCAGUCAUGGGUAAAGUCAGAGGGAAUUUGGGGGCACGUUGUUCAUUAGACGUUGACACUCUCCCCGCUGUCCUGUCCUCAGAGCUGCAGAUAAACUGUCCUGAUCAAAGAUUGAUGAGCGGGGUUUAGUAACAUGACUCGACACGUGAGUCCGUUUCUCACUGUAGGUUUCACUGAGUUGGAAAACGUCUGAUUAAAGCGCACAGCAAAGCAUUAUGUCGUUAAAUACAUGAAUUAGAAGACAAAUGAUCUACUUCUCUUCAAUUGUCUGUGGUUUUUAAGGACUUGGCCUCUUCAUUUAUAACUUCAAAGCCACGUGGAGGCUUGAAGUACCCAAGAUGCAUCUUUAAACACUUUUUAAAACAAAUAACACAGCCACCAAACAGAAGUGAAAGAGGCCUUCAGAUAUUUUAUUGAAGUGAAUAUAGCUAUACUUAAGUGUACAAUUCAGAACAUCCUGCAUUCAAGGUCUUGCUUCAGUAAAAGUACAAAGUGUUGACCUCAAAUGAUGCUUAAAUAUUCCAAAUAAUUCUUUCAGAAUCACACAUAUUGCUGGACCAUGAUCAUUGAUUAAUUCAUGCGUAAAGCUCCAUACUGCUGCUCUUACCCUAAAAAUACAUGCCUUUUUCUAUUAAAGAGUUGAUUAAAUUGAUGUUUCAGCUUAUAAUAUGAAUUUUUAAGUAACUAAGUAAAUGUAAUGGAGCAACGAGUGCUUCCAAAAUGUAGUAAAGUAUAAAUAUAAAGUCGCAUGGAUGGAGAUUAAGUACCUUUAAAUGAUACAGAAAUACAGUCACUGACUUCCUCAUGCGAUGAUAAUUUCAAAGCCUAAACAAUAGACUCUUAUUUUUUGUUGAACCUGCACUUCUCGCUUUGGGAGGGAGAGGAGGGGAGAGGUGUUUUUCACAGAGGCGCUUCACUAGUUGCAGCUCAGCAUGCAGAGGGACGGCAGUACGAUCUGCUCCACCCGGGGACUCAGGGAUGAUCCUGCAACAGAUGGCAGAAGUGUGAGACAACAACGAAUGGAUUCCACAGGGAGCGUCCUCCGCAUCCAGGGGGAUGACAACCUCCAGUCCAUGCUGGUGGGGACGAUCAUGAGGAAAAUCAAAUCUCGUACCUGGAAGAAGCAGCGCUACUUCAAACUGCAGGACGACUUCAUGACCAUCUGGUACAAGUCCAAGAAGGCUGGCAACACCCACUCCACAUUUUCAGUGAGCGAUGUGGAGGCAAUACGGGAGGGCCACCAGUCCGAGGUGCUCCUCAGCAUCGCCGAUGAGUUCCCUGCCGACCGAUGCUUGACGCUGGUCUUCCGCGGCCGCAGGGGCAACCUGGACCUGGUGGCUGAGUCAACCGAGGAAGCACAGUCCUGGAUCAGAGGCAUGAGGAAGCUGAUAGAGAACCUUGAGAACAUGGGGGAGCGGGAGAAACUCGACCAAUGGAUUGGUGACUGGUUCAGGAAGGCAGACAAGAACAACGAUGGCAGGAUGAACUUCAAGGAAGUGCAAGAUCUACUGAAGAUGAUGAAUGUGGACAUGAACGAGCACCAUGCUCAUCGACUCUUCACAAUGUCCGAUAAGUCCCAGUCGGGCACGCUGGAGGAUGACGAGUUUGUGCUUUUCUACAAGAUGUUGACCCAGCGAGACGACGUGCUGAGGGUUUUUCAGGAGUUCUCCUUUGAUGGCCAGAAGUUAUCCCAAAGAGACUUGGAGGACUUUCUGAGAGACAAGCAGCUGGAAGGGGGCGACAUCCAGCGGCACGCCAUGCAGCUCAUUGAGCGCUAUGAGCCCUCUGACACAGCCAAGCUGCUGAAUGCCAUGACGUUUGAUGGUUUCUUGAUGUACCUCGGCUCAGCUGAGGGCUCCAUCUUCAACCCACAGUGGCUGGGCAUCUUCCAGGACAUGAGCCAGCCGCUGUGCCAUUACUUCAUCUCCUCCUCGCACAACACCUACCUGAUGGAGGACCAGCUCCGAGGACAGAGCAGUGUGGAGGGAUACAUACGGGCUCUCAGUCGUGGCUGUCGGUGUGUGGAGGUGGACUGCUGGGAUGGGGCCAACGGAGAGCCCAUCGUCUAUCAUGGACACACGUUUACCUCCAAGAUACUCUUCAAGGAUGUGGUCACCGCGGUCGGCAACUACGCCUUCAAGGCAUCGGAAUAUCCAGUCAUCCUGUCAAUCGAGAACCACUGCGGUGUUGAGCAACAGAGAGUCAUGGCCCAACACCUCAACCACAUCCUCGGGGACAAGCUGCUGAAAAGCACACUAGACGGCAAGGCCCCCACCAGGCUGCCGUCUCCUGAGGAUCUGAAGGGGAAGAUUCUUCUGAAGGCGAAGAAAAUCGGCGGUCUGGAGGAGAGUUUCAACGGCAUGGCGGAGGACUCUCAGACCGGAGAGCUCAGUGAUGAGGACGAGGUGGCUGACAUUGACGAAGAUAACCACCACCGUGAGAGUGUCCGCCGCAGGGUUAAGAAGUCAAAGCAGCGUCUGUCCAAGGAGCUGUCAGACUGUGUGGUGUACUGCAAAAGUGUCCACUUCAGCAACUUCAAACACUCCCGCAUCCACUCCAAGUUCUACGAGGUGGCCUCCUUCACUGAGUCCAAGGCCCGAAAGCACCUGAGAGAGGCUGGGGCCGAUUUUGUGCACCAUAACUCACAGCAGCUGACCAGGGUUUAUCCCAGCGGCUUCAGGACUGACUCCUCCAAUUUUAACCCUCAGGAAAUGUGGAAUGUUGGGUGCCAAAUUGUUGCGUUGAAUUACCAGACUGCCGGGGAGGGGAUGGAUCUGAACGACGGACUGUUUCGUCAGAAUAACAGCUGCGGCUACGUCCUAAAGCCCGGGUUCAUGAGAGAGGCAGAGAAAAGAUUCGACCCUGAGGCACCUCACGAACGGGAAGGCUACCAACCUGUUGUCCUCACCAUACAGGUGAUCAGUGGUCAGCAGCUGCCCAAAGUCAAUAUUAAGGAGGAUUCCAUCGUGGAUCCUCUGGUCAGAGUGGAGAUCCACGGUGUUCUUAUGGACCAGGCCAAACAGGAGACCAGAUACAUCGAUAACAACGGGUUUAAUCCUGUGUGGUAUGACACUCUGCGCUUCACCAUCCACACCCCUGAGCUGGCCAUGGUGCGCUUUGUAGUGGAAGAUUACGACAAGACAUCCAAAAAUGACUUUGUGGGCCAGUAUACACUCCCUCUGAUCUGCAUGCAGCAAGGUUAUCGUCACAUUCACCUUUUGUCCAAAGAUGGAACCAGUAUUCCCCCCUCCUCCCUAUUCGUACACAUCAGGAUCACAGAACUGGAAUAAACCGUCUUCCCUUUCACAGUGGGGGGAAUAAAAUGACAUAUUAUUUAGUUAUUAGUGUCAUUCCUUCCUGUAGAACACACCUAUAGCUCCUAAAACAGUAUUUAAUAUGAUUAGAAUUAUUAUUUGAUGUGAAUAAAUACUACGCCAAAUAUUUAGUGGUUCUUUUGCAGCAGAUGUGUAUAAGAUAUGCAUGUUUUCUGCUUCAUUCACUAUAGUUUUUCCUGUGAUUCACUUGAAAUUUGCUGCUCAUGUUCGAUGUCUGUAGCACAAGGACUUUAUUUCUGCUGAAAUAUUGUGUUAUAGAGAAGAAUGUGCCACCAAUAAGUUAAGAUCAGGAUUUAUAUUUCCUCUCAGUAUUUUCUUUUAUGAACAGCACUUCUGUCUGACCUCACAGACCCUGCUUUUACUUUGGCUAAUAUUCUUAUAAUUGUGAGAGUUUUACAGUUCAAGUCCAUGUACCCUCUUUGGAUUAUUAGGUAUUUAAAUAUGCAGUAUAGCACAAACUAUUUGAAAGAAAACCAUAAUCUAGUGUAGUACCUUCUGUGUACCUUCAUGUUGUUGACGGUGGCUGCUUUCCUCCACACCUGACUCUUAUAAACAUCUUCAUGUAACAUCCUUAUACAUCUGUAGCUACAGUGACCGGCUGAAUUUACUCAUGCGUAGUCUCUAUGUUAUUUUUGUGGCAUGUAUAUAUGUGUAUGUAUACUACCCUUUUGUGUAAAUGUGUUUUUGAUAUGUCUAUUUUUGUAUACAUGGAAACAUUCAUAUGCACUGUACAGAUUAGCACAUUGAAGUGUGUAUUUGCUGUUUUUUAAAAAUUAUUAUUAUAAAAGACCUCAUAUUGAUUUGUCAAUGCAAAUAAAAAUGAUUUUCAUUUAA